AUGGCUAGCCAAGAACUCAAGCAGAGCGACAGUGCGUACACCGCGGAGCCUAAACGCGACGAGGCUCAGUCACUGGUGUCGACAAACCGCGUCCGCGGUGCUCACAUGGAGAUGCUGGCUAUUGAGUUUGGACACCUGCCGGCUUCGAAGGCCUCCCCGAUGCCUUUUGAGUGUUACAACUUGUAUCGUCGCGAAUUCGUAGCAAACCCACUCAGUACCGUAACACUUGUUGCUAAGCUGGGUGAGGAGAGCGCUGCUUGUACUCUACCAAGGGAGUCCGCCGGAGUCUUGUCAAGGAAGUUCAGAACACAGGUCGAAGAUCCACAGAACACCGACUCCGUUGUCACUAUGGAUGGCUACGAGUACAUCGUGGUUGAGAUGAUAGUACAAUACAUCCUCGACGCCGACUACCAUCUAGACGACACCCAAGAGCUAGCAAACCACAAGUUGACGCACCUCAAGAAAGCUCAGCCCGGUACCGAAGAUGACAGUAUCACCGUACGGGUAGACGAGACAUCAACAGAACUUCACCUCAAGGUCUAUCUUUGCGCGAAGAGGAUGGAGAUAUCGCAGCUUCAAGCCCCGGCUGCUAGAAAGUUUUGGACCGCUCUCCUCAAGGACCGUCCUACCGCCGAGGGGUUGGUGAACAUGGUGGAGAAGCAUAAGCUGUACGACCCGUCGGAGAACACCAAAGAAGAGAUCCUACAAGCGAUCGCGACUUAUGGAGCAAUGCGUCGUUCUGUGUGGCUGCAAGAAGACGAUACCAAGUACCUUGACCUUCUCGCGACACCACGAUAUGCGGUAUACGAGGCAAGGGCCGAGCGAGACUUGGAAGGAUACAAGCUCGAACAUGAUAUCCCAGAGCGCAUGAUCGCCCCCGACCCCACAAGCCGACACCAAGCGAGCAAGAAGCGACUGUUGACUGAUUCUACUCCUGACACGCGCUCGCCCAAGUCGCGUACCGUCGGUUCGGGACCAGUUCAGCGUGGACAUAUCAGCAGUCCUCUUCUCCAGCGUCCUGGCUCGAGCAAUACCUACCAACCAUAUGUGGAGGACCACAGCGAUUCGCCUACCCCCCGUCGUCGUGACCAUGGAAGCUCGGCCACUCGUACCAACAAAGCCCUGCCGCCUACACCCACACCAUCUGAGCUGGACAGGUCUUGGCAGUCCAUGGGCGGAUCCAAGGCGUCUCAAGGUGAGAAGGCAGCCUCGACCCCCAUGAAGCCGGCAUCAGGUCUCCUACGUACCCCUCGUCCAGGCUCGAGCCUACGACGGAGCCAGACAGUCCGCGGUGAGACCGAUGGCUCUGAAGAUGUCGAUGGACCGAGUCUCUACGAUGACUUCAAUCCCCCGUUCGCCUCUCAUAGUCCACAAGGUCCUAGUCCCGUUGCUCCGCGAACUGCGCGCAACCAAGGAGGUGAUCAGCCGACUACGGACCAGACCAAAGUCCACCGUCAAGAUGCUAGUGAGAACGUUAUUGGCGAGGAUGAUGAUGACACUACCAUCACGGGCUUCACUGCUACUCGUCAGCAACUCGAUCCGUCGUCGUCGAACAACAUCCCCGUGGGUGACAACGUCGACGACUCUACCUUCAUCCCCCUCAUCAGUUCAUCUGACGACGGCAAGGGCGACCCCAUGGAGCUAGAGGUCCCACGUAUCGAGUUCAGCUUCGACGAGGGCAACACCAUCAACCAGGUUCCCCAGGUUCCCGUCCUCGCACCCACUGUCGCUACCCGUAGCACAUCAGAUGAGACUGGUGGUCAGAAGAAGAAGGAAGAUACCAGCAUGACUGACGUGUCUGGGGAUGGAGACGAUGGCGUCAAGGCCGAGGAUCGCAUGGAGGCAUAG